GUCGCUGCAACAAGCGCGCGCGCGCGCGCGCUCGCGCGCGCUCACCGCUUUUCCGUCGCGCUCCGCUUCGUACCCGCUUUGUCGGCGAGCGUGCUAUCGACAAGAUUUAGAACUCUCCCACGUAGAUAACUUUCGCGCGAAGCCUUCCACGAAGCGGAAAGACGAGACGAAGUAGAGAUCCUCGUCUUGUCAACAUUGACGCAGUUAUGGCGCGUGAGAAGAAACAGUGGUGCUACUUUGAUGGCUCGAACGGACGUCGAAGGCCGAUGCGAAUCCCGCUGCUAUUUCUCGUCGUCCUGUGCACACUCUUGGAUGAAUCCUUGGCGGUCGCCGAACAUGACUCUUACUACAGUUACACUGGGUGGAAUGGCAAGUCGUCAUUCGAUCACCAAUCUACAAAUAUUAGAUUGAUCGAUGGUCAUAACAUAGAAAGGAUACGCCGAGAAACUCUCGAGAAAUCGGUAGUGACGACUGAACAGGAACAGCAACAACCGCAACAACAACAAACGCAGCAGCCAUCGCAGCAACAACAGCAGCAGCAGCAACAACAACAAGUGCCGGUGACACAGUUAGCGACCAACACAUCCGCUGACGAGACGCAUUCUACAGAGACGCAUUCGACCAAUACAACCUCCACUACUGUCCGACCAAGCAGUCAUUAUUUAUCUCCUGCUCCCCCAAACCCCAAGCUGAUGUACAAUGAGACACAAACCUCGAACCCUGCCACCUCUGAUACAGCAACGUUGCACGUGAAUACCCUGUCAAAUCGCAAUAUUACCGUCGGCAAGGAAGAGCAGUCGGAAACGACAGCGGUAAAGGAUACGAAUGCGGAGCAUAAGGAUACGGCGGGCGAGGACGCUGUAAGGACCGACGAUAUCGGUGAUAUCUCUAUCAGCAAAUUCUCCGACGUGACCAACACUACGCUUACACAGAACAACAUUACCAAGACGGUCUACGAUACGCAUCAGUAUUACAACAGCACCUUCAUCGUUGAUGCCGAUAUCUGCAAGAAAUAUUGGAUCGACAUGGACAAUCACCCGGAUCUUAGGAUCAAUCAUCUGCUUAGCCAGAGUCAUCGACGCGCCGCGACCGUCAAGCUAAAGUUCGAUUUUCCGUUCUACGGCUAUAACGUGCGCAAUAUCACCAUCGCUACCGGCGGUUUUCUAUACACCGGUGACUACGUGCACAGCUGGCUGGCCGCCACCCAGUACAUUGCACCACUCAUGGCGAAUUUUGAUACUCGCCUGUCGAACGCUAGCUACGUCAAGUACGCUGACAACGGUACGGCAUUUACGGUUGAGUGGGAGAAGGUAGUGCUGCAGGACAGGCAAGAUGCCGGCGCGUUCACUUUCCAAGUGACCUUGCAUCAGAAUGGAGAUAUCGUGUUUGUCUACUCGGUGAUACCACUCCUGGUCGAAAAGAUUCUCGACAAGACGCAUCCUGUCAAGGUCGGCCUCAGCGACGCCUACAUCAUGGACCGAACCGUAUUCUUCGUGCGCAGAAAAACCAUCUACGAGUACCACCGUGUCAAUUUCAAUCGGCAGGACAUAAUGAACUGCACGGUCAUCUAUCUAAAAGCUUUGCCCACGUGUCUCAACUUUGACAACUGCCGGGAUUGCUUGACAAAGGUGCCUGACUUCGAGUGCAAAUGGUGUCCAGAGCUGAACAAAUGCAGCACCGGUACGUCUCGACAGAGGCAGGAAUGGCUGCUGAAGGGCUGCGACGUUCGUAAUAUUAAGGAAGCGGACAGUUGUCCGGCACAAAUUACGACCUACAAGGGCGAUCAGUACGACCACGACGGCCACGUGCAUCCGGAGGAGUCGAUCACCACCAAUGAGAUGGGCGUGAAACGGAGCGAUCCGGCAACAGUUCCUUGGAGAGUUCCAGUAAAUAUCUUCGUUUGUCAUUGCUCGUUUGUCAUUGCGUAGCUUAAAACUCUCUAUCGAGCGAACUCGGA